GCAGGCUGACAAAUGGCGGCUAAAUGAGGGACAGUUUUCUUACUGGGGUGCCUCAAUUGGCCUGACUCUUAACUGUGCCUCUCAAGGCUCAGCAAGGCUCACUCGCCCACUGCAGAUUUCACAGAGCUAAUGUAACUGUGCUGAGGGUGGGGGGAAUUCACCCUUUCUUCCUUUCUUAUGAGACUGUCUGCCGCCCUUUGACCAUUUGAUGGGUUGAAAGCCUCAUCUAUACGAAAGUGUUUGGAAGAACAAUUUCAACUUUGGUUGAAUAUAUUCCGUAUUUCAAGCGGGAUUUGUGUGCUUUUUUACGGAAAUUCUUCCAGCCGCCUUCAUCUCAUCCCGCUUCCUUCCUAGUCUACAGCCACAGAUCCAAAGAUGACUGAACCAACGGAAAUCGAUUGCUACCGCAUUCUGAAAGUGUCGAAAGGCGCGUCGUUAUCAGAUAUUAAAAAGGCAUAUCGCAAGCGCCUGUUGGAAACUCACCCAGACAAGAACCCGGGGAUAGAAUCAAGUCUCUUUGUCAAGGUCCAAAGUGCGUGGGAAACCCUGAGCGAUGCGUCGAAACGAUACUGUUUCGAUUGCAAAUACGAGAGGAUUAAACAAGAAUGGGACAAGUAUGAGGAGGCCUGUGGGCGGCAGAGGAAGACAACGACAGGUGCAGGCAGGCAGGGAACAGGAGAUAAAUUAUUUACGGAAGCAGACGUCCACGAAAUCCUAGAAAAGCUACGCCGAGCUGAGGCGGCCCUUAAGCGAGAAGGAGAAGAGAAACGAGCCCGAGAGAAGCGGCAAGAAGAGGAGAAGAGAAGACGGGAAGAGGAGAGGAGAGAGGAAGAGGAACGAAAGAGAAAAGAGCAAUUCCCGAAGAGCAGGAACGCAUUCGAUUUCUCUGCUAUGGAGGACGCGCUUGAUGACCUUGAUGACGGAUGGAGCGGGGGGCGAGGGUGGUCGGGCACAGCACGACAGCCUCCAAACCUGCCUCGCGAGGAGUGGAAUGGCAAUGACAGCCACUGCCACCAUAAUCGGUGGUGGCCAUACGUCUAUGGUGCUGGCUCGUGCGAUUAUUGCGAUAGAUAUUGCCCAAUAUACCUUCUGGGCUGCCCUAGUUGCGACGCUCUGGCGUGUGUGCCUUGCAAGAUUCGGGUAACUGGUAGUUGA